UUUAUAAAAAAAAGAAAGAAUAGAUGAUAAUCGUAAAUGAAAAAUUGCACCCUAUAACCAACAAAAAAAUUUAAGAAAAUAACCAAAUUUCCAUUCUCUCUUUAUUUCUCUUUCUACUUUUUUUCUAAAAAACUAUUUUUGUUUUGGUUAUUUCACCGAUUUUUCCAUUGUAAAAUUCAUUUUUACCGAAAUAUUAAAUAUUAUAUUAAAUUUUUGGUUUUUUUUACAUAUAUUACAAAGAUAUACAAAUAGCGAAUUUGUGAAAAACAAACAAACAAAAGAACCUAAGAAAAAAAACAACCUUAACCAAGAGUUAAGGAUAGUUGAUUGUAGAUUUGCAGAUCGGUUCCAUUAAUUGGACCGCCUAAUCUUUGACUAAUUGUAUAUAUAAUAAUAAAAAAAUAUUUAAUUCUGGAUUAAUAUACACACAUCUUCAACAACAACAACAAAAAAUGUUAUUUUUCUUUCACCACGGUGGCUUUUCUUCCCUUCUUUACUCCUGAAGAGCUUCGCCGACGGUUUACUCCUCCUCACUCACUCACUCACUCUCUCGCAACCCCUCAAAGAGAUUCGCCGAGAUCUAACCAAGAUGCCGACGAACGACGAAGAAACCGCGAAUCCAAUCACAACAGAUCCAAAGCACGAGACUUGGCGCAGCCUCCUCCUCCGCCAAGCCUCCGUCUACGGCGUCGCCGCCGGCUACUGCAUCUCCGCCUCCCUCCUCUCCAUCAUCAACAAAUGGGCCAUCACCAAGUUCCCCUACCCCGGCGCCCUCACCGCUCUCCAGUACCUCACGAGCUUCGCCGGCGUCGUCCUCUCCUCCCAGCUCGGCCUCGUCGAGCACGACCCCUUAACCCUCUCCACCAUGUGGCGGUUCCUCCCCGCCGCGAUGAUCUUCUACCUCUCCCUCUUCACCAACAGCGAGCUCCUCCUCCACGCCAACGUCGACACCUUCAUCGUCUUCCGCUCCGCCGUCCCCAUCUUCGUCGCCGUCGGGGAGACCCUCUUCCUCCACCAGCCCUGGCCUAACGUCAAGACCUGGGGAGCCUUAGCGACCAUCUUCGGAGGAAGCUUUCUUUACGUUCUAACUGAUUAUCAGUUCACGGUGGCUGCUUACGCUUGGGCCGUUGCGUAUCUUGUCUCUAUGACGAUUGACUUUGUUUACAUCAAGCACGUGGUGAUGACUAUUGGGUUGAACACGUGGGGGCUCGUGCUUUAUAACAACCUCGAGGCGCUUCUUUUGUUUCCGAUCGAGUUGCUUAUAAUGGGGGAGUUGAAGAAGAUUAAGCACGAGAUUACGGUUGAGUCUGAUUGGUAUGAGAUGCAAGUGGUGUUGCCUGUGGGGCUGUCGUGUUUGUUUGGUUUGGCGAUUUCCUUCUUUGGAUUCUCGUGUCGACGUGCUAUCUCCGCGACGGGGUUUACGGUUCUUGGGAUUGUGAAUAAGUUGUUGACGGUUGUGAUUAAUUUGGUGGUGUGGGAUAAGCAUUCGACGUUUGUUGGGACUUUGGGGUUGUUGAUUUGUAUGUUUGGUGGGGUUAUGUAUCAGCAGUCUACUGUCAAGAAACCGACACAAGAAGAGAAACCGCAAGAAGAGGAAGAAGAGAAGCUGCUGGAGAUGCAGGAGAACAAGGAGAGCAUUGUUGAAGUAAAGGAGGAUGUGAAAGUAGAAGAGAAAGUAUGAAUCAUUAUCCAUAGAUUCAUCUCUAUUGAUGCCAAAGUUUAUUCUGGUUUAUUUUUUCGAGUAAAGAACUAUAUUUGUAGUUAGUGGUUUUGCAAUUCUUUUGUAACUAGGAGGUAUAAGAGUACUGCGUUGUUCGUUGCCUGAGUAAGAAGAAAUCCAGAAGUGGAAUAAUAUCGUUUUCUUGUUUACAUUUUUGAUGUGGUUCAAGACUAAGAUUUGCUUUCAUUCACAAUGUGAUUAUUGUUAUAUGCAAUUGUUCGGUUUU